GCACCGGAAAAGUCUACCAUCUGUCUACCUGAGAACUCAAAUUCGUUUCGGACCCCCGAAACCCGCAUGUCACAACCCGAAAUUCCCUCCCAAUUUCUCUCGCCAUUUUCAUCUCUCUCUGAACAAAAAAAACAUGUCGAAUCGAAACCCUAAAUCCCCUUACGAUUCGCUCAUGACUCAGGACCAACUCAUUGACUCGCUCACCUCCCACAUCUCUCUCUACCAUUCUCACUCCAAUACUUCAGACCUCAAACCAAACCCUAACCCUAGGUCUGCAAUUCUCAAAUGGUUCUCAUCUCUAACCGUCCACCAGCGCCAAGCUCACCUCACCGCAGUGGAUUCGAAGUUCGUACGGAUCCUCAUCCAAAUGCUCGGCAAGCUUCGCACCAAUAGCCAUGGCUUCUUCAUCAUCCUCCCUGACCUCCCCUCAGGUGACCUCCCCACCCUCUGUUUUAAAAGGUCGAGUGGGCUUCUGUCUCGGGUUUCCGAGUCGAACGAGCUGGAGAGGAGGAUAUUCGAGUCGACUCGGUUGUUUGCGUCGAGAGAAGGAGAGAAGAUUGAGGAAUGCUCGUGUUCAGUGAAGGAUCUCGAUACAGUGUCGGUGAGCGAGGGUUUGGUUGAGAAUGUGGAUAGGUUUGUGGCGGUGAUGGAUGAAAUAUCAAAUGGGGGCUUCUUGAGAGGUGAAGAGAGUGACUUGGGAUUGGAUUGGGUCGAAUUCAAGUGGUUGAAGGACAAAGGGUAUUACAGUAUGGAAGCAUUUGUGGCAAACCGGCUGGAGGUGGCUUUGAGGCUGGCGUGGCUGGGUUGUAGUAAUGGGAAGAAAAGAGGGGUGAAGCUGAAAGAGAAGAUGAGUGCUGCAGGCUUGGCGGCCAAUGUGUAUUGGCGGAAGAAAGGGUGUGUGGACUCGUGGGGAAAUUUGGAUUCAGCAACAAGGAGGAAUGUAUUGACUUCAGUGUUGGGAAAAUCAGCGAAACCUUUGAUUCUUGAGAUUCUGAAGGGGACAAGUAGUGAGGUGGGGGAUGAAAUGUGGCUCUUCAAUACAGGAGUAGAACAGCCAUUGAGGUACAACCAUAAUGUAUCUACGCGAAAGACUGUUCCAAAACUUAUGGCUGACACUGAAUUUGGGUCAAGCAUUAUCCCUGCUUCUCUUUCUGGGGAAUCUGCUUCCUUAGUCAGUGCCUUUAAUAAUCUCGUUUUGCUUCAGGAUAUAGUAAUGAUGAUAUCCUUAUGUUGCCAUAGUGAAUAUGAUAAAGGGAAACUCUUCUAUAGCACGUUGAGUUCAAUUUCUACCAUUUCUGAUUUUAUACUAAGAAAAGUACGUGGAUUUCUUAUGGUUAUUUUGCUUGACUGCACAAAACUGGAACUUUUAGCAGAGGGUGACAAAUCCUUACCUAAGAAAUCAAAGGCAAAGCCUAGUGCUUGUAGCCGAAAAAGUAAGGGAAGGACCCGCAAUAUGAAAAGGCCAAAUUCUGGUCCUAGGCCAUGCACAGAUGAUUUUUUGUGUGAAAAGUCUCUCAAGGAUCUUAAUUGUACAUUGGCUCAUAAAGAGAAGGCGGAUUCGGUGGAGUCCAAGAAGAUGCAUGGAAUACAUCAGGAGACCAAGACUUUCAAAGAGGCAUCAUCAUCGAAAGAUGAAAUGGAUCAUGCACAAGCACUGUUUGUUGCAAAAGCUCAUACUGCUGCAAGGAAGGGUAGGAAAGAUAAAGGAAAAAACAAAAUAACUGGUUGUAAGAAUGCCGUUGAUGUGAGAAAAUCUGAAAGAUCACUCAUGGAAGCGAUUUCUUCCUCUGUCAUUCCUGAAGAUUACACUGCAAAGUGCGAUCCCAUUUCUGAUGAUUCAGCCUUCCAGAACAUCGCAGAUUGUUCAGCUAGUUGUAACAUCCUUGUGACAAAUUCGAUUCUUCCUGAUUCUGCAAAUGGGCCGACUAAGGAUGAGGAUGCCAUGCAAAGCAUUCAAGAGAAUUAUAUUAUUGGAUCUAGCGCAAGUUUCUGUCGUAGGGUUUCAGAAGAUUACCAGUCAUCAGACAAUAUUACUGAAAUUCAAAUUAAAUCUACCGGAUCAGAAACUGGAAAUUGUGAAAUAGUUGGAAAUGUAAUACCUUCUGUGCCUGUGGUGGAUGAUAAUGCUUUUAGCCAUAAGGAUAUUGACUUUCAGAACACACAUGUUGGUAAAUCUGCUGUAAAAGACAUCUCGCCAGACAAAGCAAUAAGAGCUGCUGAUAUAAAAAAGGAAGCUAUUCUGUUUCAGGACCAAGAGCAUGGAAAUCCUAUAUGUGAUACUGGAGCUUCAAGUUCUUUCGAAUGCCUUCCAUAUGAGUGGCCUGGUGUAGCUUGUGCCUAUUUUCCACCUGUCAACUCACAUCUCCCACCUGCCACUGACCGAUUGCAUCUGGAUGUUGGUCAUAACUGGCAGAAUCACUUUCGCCAGUCUUUUCUACCCUCGAUACAUCAGGCGAGAAGUUCUCCAAUUCAAGGUGGGUGUAAUCCAGUUCUGACUCGACCAUUGCCAAUGAGUUUAGAUUGGCCUCCAAUGGUUCGAAGUGCUCGCGGAUUGGCUCUGUCCCGGACCUGUAAUUAUGAUUCUGGAUUCUUCUCAAAGAAGCAGUGUAGUUUUCCACAGGGUUUUUCCACCCACAGUGUCCAGAUUAAUACAACAAUGGACAGCGAAAGGAGGUAUUCUUGGGAUUGCACAGACCUGCCUGAUCCAAUAAGGGCACAUGAACUAGCAGAUGAAUAUGACAGCCACUGGAUAUCAGAGGAUGAAGUUGAGGUGCAAGCAUUUUCUGGGGUAGACUAUAAUCAAUACUUCGGUGGUGGUGUGAUGUACUGGAAUCCUUCUGACCAUCCAGGGACAGUUUUCUCGCGCCCUCCUUCCCUUAGUUCUGAUGAUAGCUCAUGGGCUUGGCGUGAAGCUGACAUGAAUAGGGCUGUCGAUGAUAUGGUUGCAUUUUCUUCUUCAUAUAGUACAAAUGGUUUGACUUCACCUACUGCUUCUUUUUGUUCUCCUUUUGAUCCUUUGGGAUCAGGAAACCAAGCUCUUGGCUAUGUUAUGCCGGGGAAUGAAGUACCAGGCAAGGUGCUACUUUCCUCAUCAACAAUGACAGACACAGCAGCAGAUGAGGAAUCGUCUGGAUCUUUGGCUGAUGUAAGUGGUGAUGUCGAAGGGAAGACAGGAGAUUCACUUCCUUAUCCCAUUUUGCGGCCAAUCAUCAUUCCAAACAUAUCAAGAGAAAGGUCAAGAGAGUUUAAGCGUAGUUAUGAUCGUAAAAGCCCAUGUGUUCCUCCUGCUAGGCGAGAGCAACCUCGGAUAAAGCGGCCGCCAUCACCCGUGGUGCUUUCUGUUCCACGCGCUCCCCGACCACCUCCGCCCUCUCCUGUGAGUGAUGCCAGGAAACACAGGGGCUUUCCAACUGUUCGAUCUGGUAGCUCCAGCCCAAGGCACUGGGGUAUGAGAGGAUGGUUCCAUGAUGGAGCUAACUUGGAGGAAGCUUGUUUGCGCAUGGAUGGUGCUGAAGUUGUUUGGCCAUUAAGAAGUAAUAAUAUUUCUGGCCGCCCAUUGAUUCAGCCUCUUCCUGCACCUUUGUUGCAGGAUCGACUGAUUGCUAUUUCUCAACUAGCACGUGAUCAGGAACAUCCAGAUGUUGCAUUGCCCCUACAACCGCCUGAGUUGCAUAACUGUCCUAUGAGGAAGGCGUCUCUUUCUUUGAUGCACAGCCUUGUCCACGAUGAUAUUGAUUUUUUCUGCAAGCAGAGAAUAUGGCUAGGAAGUCCUACAUCAAUUGGGCUGUCAAGCGGGUUACAAGGUCUCUCCAGGUGCUUUGGCCCAGGUCCAGGACAAACAUAUUUGGUUCAACUGCAACUGGUUUGUCACUUCCAACAAGUGAUGUGGACCUCGUGGUUUGUCUGCCUCCUGUGAGGAACCUGGAACCCAUUAAAGAAGCUGGGAUAUUGGAGGGCCGUAAUGGUAUUAAAGAAACAUGCCUUCAGCAUGCCGCCAGGUAUCUCGUCAAUCAGGAC